UGUAUUGCUUUUGUUAACAAUUUAUUUUCAUAAUCAAUGAUACAGUUAAAUUGAGAAAGGAAGACAAUUUUGUAAAGCUGAAUUUUUUGCUUUACUAAUUUUUCAAUAUGUAGUUAUGUUGUAUCUAACUCUAUUAAUAUCAGUCAACUAAAUCCUUUGCAAAACAAUGACUUACUAAACAGAUGGUUGCCAUCUGGUUAGAGACCUCAAAUUCAAAAUUAUGUUAAGGAAAGUGACAAAUUAUACACUGUUUUAUAUACAUUUAAAACUCACCCCAGUAGAGUGUUCUACAAUUCUAGAACGAUGCCCUCUAGAAUACAGUAUUUAAAAAGUUGACUUUAAUUUUGCAGAGAUGUGAUUUAGCGCAUACUUUAUAUGUAUGUAGAGCAAAAUAUCACAUUCACAAUACAAAACCAAAUGUGUUGGAAAGGUGACAAUGUCGCAACAUUGCUGCAUGCUGACACUAAACCUUAAAUUGUCUGGUCCAAAUCCUCAUUUCGCUAUUUUUAUUUUACUUGAAUUUAACUGAAACCCAGAAAACAUUAUUAUGAAUUGUCCCAGGAAGUAAAUUCACCUGCAUCUAUCUUUUCAAAUCAAAAAGAUUUCAAAUGUAAAGGAAGUCAUUUACCACAACAUCCACAAGUUUCUAAUAAACAUUAUGGACAAAAGGUCAGACUUCGGAGCUUAACGGUCAAGGUUCAAAUCCUACUUCCACCAGAUAAUAAUACCUGUAUAAAUUUGAGUAAAUUAUUCAACUUCCUGUGCCUUAAUUUGCCCCUAAGUAAAAUGAUGCUAGUAAAACCACACACCUCAAGUUUUUACGAUAUUAAAUUAGUUAACAUUUGUAUAGAACUUGGAAUACAGUAUACAUGAUAUAAAUGUUAAAUAGACGAAUUGUUAAUGAUAGAGGGAAGCUUACUAAGAAAUUUCAUUAUCGUUCCAUUUUUUUUGGUCAGUAAUGAAAUAUUGAAAAAAAUUUGAGAAAUUCACUACACAUUUACUAUGCCUGAUGCCUUGGUAACAUAUAAUACAUUAAUAGCUUGGGAUAUUACAAUCUUUCCACUCUACAUUUGGAAUAAACGGUCACAGAGCAAAGGUCAAAGGAAUACUCAACAGAAAAACACUACAGUGCCACGUGAUUAUCCGAUAAGUGAAGCUAACAGUAAAUUCAGUGCUCUAAGAAGUGCAUUAAUACAGACAACUAAAUAAUGCAUUUAUUUUGAGAUCGACACAGAAAGUUGCUAAAUACAAUGACGCACGCACAUCAACAUAAGUUCUGCAAACAAAAGUCACGUUUUCCUUUACUCUGCCUGGGAAGUCUGGCAAAAGCUGUGAGAGCGAGCCAGUCAAUCCACGGCGAGUAAAGCCCUCACUGGAAUCAUCACAGGGCUUGUGCCGGAGCCCUCCAACCGGAGCACAACGUGCUGGCUCGGCGAACACCUGACUCUGCAAGGGCGACAGAGGCUCAAACCACGACCGCGAUAGGGCUGCGCGCGCGGCCAGAGGCUAGACCGGGGGCUCCCGUCCGAGCCAGCCCCACGCCCACGGUGCGGCGCCUCUCCGGCUGAGAGACAGCUGAGUGAGGAGCGGCGGCAUCACGGGGGACAAGAAAAGCCACCCGAGCCACCGCGCCAUCCGCACGGUCUCCCGCGACCCCGCUCUGCGGCACGGGGAACACCAGGCUGAGCAGGGACUCUGCGUUCUUCAGAGGUAACGGUUCCCACGCCGCCUCCCGCCGUCUCAAAGACCCGCAGCAGGACGCCAGCCGCGCGCGCCGCCCCGCCCAGCGGCUCUGCCCGCCGGGCCCACCGCGCGCCCCCGGGGUCCCGGGCCGACGUCACUUCCGGAGCGCGCCCGCCCGCGGAGACUCUCGGGGGCCCGGGCCUGGCCGGGCGCGCGGCUGCCCGGGGGCGCGCCGGGUGGGCGGGCCCGGGAAGGGGGCGUGUCCGCCGUGGUCUCCGCCGGCGCAGCUGUUGCCGACUGGGGCUGAGGAGUUCCCUGAAGCCCUUUCCCCAGACCCGCGUCGGUCCUGCCGCCGGGACUCCGGGCUCACUCGCCAAUCUGACGGGUGAGAAGCGGGAGUCACCUCAGACUGCGGAGCAGCGGGGACGACCCCAGUCCCCCUCUCCCUGACCCCUUCUUGCCAUCGCCCCAGUCAUGGGGAACGCGGCGACCGCCAAGAAAGGCAGCGAGGUGGAGAGCGUGAAAGAAUUUCUAGCCAAAGCAAAAGAAGACUUCUUGAAAAAAUGGGAAAAUCCUCCUCCGAAUAAUGCUGGGCUCGAGGAUUUUGAAAGGAAAAAGACCCUUGGCACAGGUUCAUUUGGAAGAGUCAUGUUGGUGAAACAUAAAGCCACGGAACAGUAUUAUGCCAUGAAGAUUUUAGAUAAGCAGAAGGUUGUUAAACUGAAGCAAAUAGAGCAUACUUUGAAUGAGAAAAGAAUAUUACAGGCAGUGAAUUUUCCUUUUCUUGUUCGACUAGAGUAUUCUUUUAAGGAUAAUUCUAAUUUAUACAUGGUUAUGGAAUAUGUCCCAGGGGGUGAAAUGUUUUCACAUUUAAGAAGAAUUGGAAGGUUCAGUGAACCCCACGCACGGUUCUAUGCAGCUCAGAUAGUGCUAACAUUUGAGUACCUCCACUCACUAGACCUCAUCUACAGAGAUCUAAAACCUGAAAAUCUCUUAAUUGACCAUCAAGGUUAUAUCCAGGUUACAGACUUUGGGUUUGCCAAAAGAGUUAAAGGCAGAACUUGGACAUUAUGUGGCACUCCAGAGUAUUUGGCUCCAGAAAUAAUCCUCAGCAAGGGCUACAAUAAGGCAGUGGACUGGUGGGCAUUAGGAGUGCUAAUCUAUGAGAUGGCAGCUGGUUACCCCCCAUUCUUUGCAGAUCAGCCGAUUCAGAUUUAUGAAAAGAUUGUUUCUGGAAAGGUCCGAUUCCCAUCCCACUUCAGUUCAGAUCUCAAGGACCUUCUACGGAACCUGCUGCAGGUAGACUUGACCAAGAGAUUUGGAAAUCUGAAGAAUGGUGUGAGUGAUAUAAAAACUCACAAGUGGUUUGCCACAACAGAUUGGAUUGCUAUUUACCAGAGGAAGGUUGAAGCUCCAUUCAUACCAAAGUUCAGAGGCUCUGGAGAUACCAGCAACUUUGAUGACUAUGAGGAGGAAGAUAUCCGUGUCUCUAUAACAGAAAAAUGUGCAAAGGAAUUUGGUGAAUUUUAGAGAGGAACAAUAAGAUGACAUCAGAGCUCACACUCAGUCUUUGCUCUCUGCAGAGAGAGAAGGUGACGCUGGGACCGUCCUUGUUGAAGCAGUUACCUAGUUCCUUCAUUCCAGCGACUGAGUGAGGUCUUUAUCGCCAUCAUCCGUGUGCGCACUCUGCAUCCACCUGUGUCACCAGGCACCGCUAGGCAAGCGUCCUCUGUGCCAUCACACAGACCACUCCCUCCCUCCCUUUGGGUUGGCUUUCUCCUCUCCCACAUCCACUUCCUCCAUCCUCAGUUCCAUCGGUUUUCUCUAAACAGUGCUCCAUUUUAUUUCAUUGAUGUUUCAGACGGGCAGUGUUGUGGCUGUGUGAUAAUCUGAAGGGAAGGAUGCAUGCCGCUUUCAGUAGUCUUGACAGUAUUUUUGUUGGUCAAUGGCUUGAUGAUAAACAUUCUAGUAAUUAUUUGUACUUUGAGUAGCACAUGCUCAGUUUUGCCAAAACUCUUGACAAUUUUCCAAGAUAGAUUGUCUUAUCACCCAGGAAGUUUAUACAAAUUAAGAAAGACAAUAACUUUGUUAGAAUUCUGGCAAUAAAUUUAGAUAGACUCAUACGGAGUAGUUAGAACCAGCGAUUUGGAUUGCUAGAGAUGAGAAAUUCCAUUUCCCUUCACCCCUUUUUAUCUAUUCCUCCCCUUGAGUAAUGGAGUGACCCGCCUGGGUCGUGUGACAAAAGUGGCUCGCUCAGCAGGAUAAACUAAUAAUAUGUCUCAUCACCCAGAUUAUGUCACCUGGUACCAGCAUUUCUGUAAGUAUUAGAGAAGAAUUCUAAAUUUUCUAAACCUUAACUCUUCCAUAAGGAUUUUAGCCAGUAUUUUAUUACUAGAAUAAGAUUUAACAAAAGUGACAAAUUUUGAAGUUUCUCAAAUAGUCCUCACUGUAAACUUUUUAAAGGAAAAGAAGCAAACUAAAAAGAACAUUGGUUUGGAUAGAUACGUUGCCCAGUCAAACAAAUGGCUUGAUUCUUGCACACAGGUGGAGGUACUCUCGUUUAAAUGAGCGUUUUCACUUGUUUUGUUCUGUAACCCUUACCAACACAAGAAGUUGUUAGCAGCUCUGCUCAGUACUGUGGUGUGUAUUCCAUUGUGAACUAAGAUAGGGACACUGCUGCCACUUCCGCUUUCAUCCCAUGCCUGUCCCUGAGGAAAGGAGACAAGUUUAUAAAACUGCCAUCCUUGGAAUUUUAAGUGUGAUGUUUUCAGAUACGUUAUAAUUUUCAACUUCUUUUCUGUUGUAAGCAGAAUGUAUGACCACACUAUACAGACAUAAUCUUAAUAUUGGAGUUGAGUUUUUUCUUCUAUACUUUUUUGCCAGUUGACUUAAAAACACUGCCGUCAGAUGGAAAUUUCAGGCACUUUUGCACACUUGAUUCAGUGUUGGUUGAGAAGCCAUGGCUUAGCUGAGUUGUUUUGCUUUUUCAUUUGUUUGUUUUGCUUUGAAUUUCCCCCAUCUGGUUUUAUCUGUGUCUCAGUGACCUAUCUUAAAACAGCAUACCAAAACAGUUUAAAAUAAACUGCAUUCAUUUUUUUACCAUCAAUUUACAUGCAUAUAUAAAGUGAAUUGUUUUUAAUCAAACUCAUCUUCGUGUAUAUAAUCCUUCUAUUUGCCUCAUUAUCGGUGCAAGUAGGUCACUGACACCACUUCUUUUCACCUGUACCACAUCCUCAUAAAACCUUUGAAGACAUCCAAAAAUCCUGCCUGAGAUGUUCUCUCCGCCAAUCCACGUCUUUUGGUUGUUAAGUGUUUCUGCAUGGUAAUGUCACAUAAAGGCUGACCCUGAUUUCAGUUGGUCCCCUUAUAUUUAAAAUGCGCAAGAAAAUUUUGAAACUCUUGCUGUAGGAAUUUUUAUGUAAUAAAGAUAUAUCACCCUGUUAAUACAUUUCAAACAUCAUUUGUAUAAAAUAGUUGAAUUAAUUUUUUUGUAUUUCAGUUAACCCCACGAACAUGCUGACCAUUGUAUCCUGUACGUAUGCUAUAAAUUCUAUGGUAGCUUUGUUGUAUAUUAUUGUAAAAUUAUUUUAAUAAAUCAUAGGGAUGACAAUUUGAUUAUUACUAUUUAGUUUUCAGUAAUCGAAAGGAUUUCUAUGAAUUCUAAAAAUAUUUUUUUCUAUGAAAUUACAAGUGCCCCACUGUAGAAUCUACCUUGGGUAGAUGACCCUGAGGUGUACAUCAAUUUCGAGGGUUAUCCGGCCAUUCCAUCUUACUCUCCAUUUAGAUAAGGACAUGAGCAAGCUUUCAAAUGUGUCAAGAGAGUCUAUCUCCAACCAAUCAAGUACUCCGAAUUAGAAUACUUUUAAAUUCCCCAUUUCAGCCACAGUUUAGCCAAGAACAAGAUAAAAACUUGGAUAAGAAAUAAGUCACAUAAAUCAGUAUUUAACCUCAAAUUUGGAACAGAAGAUGUUUUUGCUCAGUUAAUAAUUAACAAACAGGGCGGCGCCUGUGGCUCAAGGAGUAGGGUGCUGGUCCCAUAUGCCAGAGGUGGCGGGUUCAAACCCAGCCCCGGCCAAAAAAAAAAAUACAAAAAAAAAAAAUAAUAAUUAACAAACAGAUGGCCUUAUAUAAGGAGGAGCCCUAAAAUGAAAGUCAAGAUCUGCGUUUUAGGCCAGAAAACUAUCAGUCUGGCCUCAGUUCUCUCAUCUGUAAAAUGGAAGAGCCGGUUUUGAAGGUUCCUUCUAACUUUCACAGGUUAUGACAGGAUUCCCUUUUCGUGUGGUAUUUUGAAGGGAUGUUGUGCUUUGAAGUCUCAGGAAGACAGUAUAUUUAGGGCAUCUUUCUUCUGACAGUGUUUCUUACAAUUCUUUGAAUAUCAUUAGAACCUCCUAACUAUCCUAACUCCUUCCUUAUUCACUGAGUGCCCAGUUCAUAUUAACCCAUCAACCUAUCAAAAGAAAGAACGUGGCUUACGGGAACUACUGUCUUGUUCUUGGUACAUUCUUGCAUUGACUGUCCAUUGGCCUGAAAAUACUCAUUGUAAACCUGAAAAAAAAUAAUCACUUUACUUUCCCACUGACUGUUUUUUCUGCUUGUUGUAAGAAUCAAAUGAAAUAAUGUAUGUGAAAGCACCUUGUAAAAUGUAACCUAUCAAUGUAAAAUGUUAAGGUGUGUUACUUCAUUAAUUACUUCUUUAUUUAGAACGGAAUUUCCUAUGCAGUUCUGUAGCUAGGAAAUGCUGAAAACAACUGUUUUUUAAUUACUCAAUAACUACAAAAUUAAAGUAUCUUCAAUGGAUAAGACAA